UUAUUUUUCAUUUUAUUCUAGUCUAAGGCAAAGAAUGGCAGCAAAAUUAAUUUUACUCGUAACGUGUGUGUUAAUUAUUCAAGUGCAUGGCCAGGUACCAUUCGAUAGUCUAUUGGAUGUAAUUGUCACCUCACAAAAACAAACAGACUUCAAUGAAAGUACACAAGUACUCAUAUCCGAAUCUACUGCGUCACAUAAGGGUUGUGGUUGGCAAUAUCAAAGUGGUUUAGACCUUUCAUCCUCAAAUGAGGCUGAAUUCGGUGAAUUUCCCUGGAUGGUAGCUAUUCUAAGUGCCGAAGGAAUUAACGAUAACGAUAAGAUAUAUUUGUAUGCUUGUGGUGGGUCUUUAGUCGGUUCCAACAUUGUGUUAACAGCAGCUAAUUGUGUUGUUAAUCAUGAGGCGCAAAAAUUAAUGGUACGAGCCGGUGAAUGGGAUACACAGAGUACGAAUGAAAUUUUACCGCACGUCGAUAAGCAGGUUAAAGAGAUAAUUGUACACGAAAACUACGAUCGUAAUACACUCCACAACGAUGUAGCAUUGCUGAUAUUGGAAGAAUCUUUGCAUUGGGAAGAAAAUAUUCGUCCGAUAUGCUUGCCAGAGCCAAACAUUAACUUCGAUGGUUCAAAAUGCUUGGCUAGCGGUUGGGGUAAGGAUAAACAAGGCAGAGAAGGCAGAUAUCAAGUUAUCCUGAAAAGUAUCGCAUUGCAGGUAGUUCCCCAUUCUACCUGCGAGAAUCAAUUAAGACAAGCUGGCCUUGGCGUUCAUUUUAACUUACACAAGAGCUUCUUAUGUGCUGGCGGCGAGAUUGGGAAAGACACUUGCAAAGGCGAUGCAGGUUCUCCUUUGGUUUGUCCAAUACCUGGUGUCGAAGGUCGUUAUUAUCAGGCGGGUAUCGUAUCUUGGGGCAUUGGUUGCGGUGCACAAAACGUGCCGGGUGUGUACACCAGCAUUCCGCAAGCUCGUCAAUGGAUUUCCGAUCAGCUCUUAACAAGAGGUGCGAAUUUUUCCGACUUUACCCCAUAAAUUAAGCAGAAGUUUUUGUAAAUAAUAUGAAAAAAUGUAUAUUAAAAGAAACUCGGAAUGCACAGCAUAUUCUGUAGAAAGAGAUUGUACACGUAAUUCAUUCAUGCAGCGCUUGCAACGUUGCCUUUUAUAAUUUAACUUUUUUUUAUUUGUUUAUUUAUUUACUUACUUAUAUACAUGAAAUUCAAUUA